CGAAUAGCUGCCGACGUUAGAAAUUGUGUGAGCAUCUAAUACCCACAACUUUAUGAUGGAGAGUGUUGCGGAGCCUGGCACGGGUUUCUUCACUAAUUUCGAGUCAGAAAACGACAAACGACCUUCCGUUGCUAACACGAAAAGGACACUAAUCGAAUGGGUCAGGACACACAUGGAUCGAUCGAUGUUGGUGUUCCAAUUGUUCUACUUCUUUUUCUACGCCGCGUUUGGUUCACUUUUCCCACUGAUUUCGAUAUACUUCAAGCAAUUGGGACUGAACGCAAUUCAGUGUGGAAUUCUCAGUGGAAUCCGCUCGUUUGUAGAGUGCCUAGCAACUCCGUUUUGGAAUGCCUUGGCUGAUAAGUGGAAGAAGGGCAAAUCUUUUUUGAUCGCAAGCCUGGUGUGUUCUAUGUCCUUCACACUUGGUCUUGGAUUCGUCCGACCCUCACCCGAGGGUUGUCUGGUUCGACUCCCGUAUUAUGAUGGUUACAACGAAACAUCCGGUGCGCCUUUGACAAUUAUCGGUCCCUAUCGAUCAUUGAAGUAUGACGACAUCAGAUCAGUCGAUAUGACUCGAGAUAUGGCGCUUAACAUCAAGAACAAAAUAGGCCAAUCGCCGCUGUAUUUGAAUACAAGAAAACUCGUAGAUCCGCCGAAGGCUGAACCUGGUGGUGGCAGGAGGACAUUCGUUGAUCAGAGUAUGUUUGAAGCCUCUAACAACUACCGAAAUCCGACACACUACCCUCCAGGCAGCCUCGUAAUGCCACUGUACUCAACCGUGGUGUAUAGUCAAAACAAAAUCAACCAAAUUUUCAUAAUCAUCAUACUGUUAGUGUUGUUUGGUGAAUUGCUCUCUUGUCCUGCAAUACCUUUAGUAGACGCUCUGGUUGCCGAAAAGACGCAUGUGCAACCGACUAGCCUGUACGGUCAGCAACGUACAUUCGGAUCUAUCGGGUGGGGCUUGGCCAUGUUUUGCAUCGGUCUUGCGUUGGAUAACGCCAGUCGGUUUCCGGACUACCCUUGUCUGGAUCCGGGAAAGCGUGAAAAGAAUUACAUGGUGUGUUUUGCUACGUAUUCUGUCUUCAUGGCAUUCGCCCUAUUCACAGCUACUCAGCUCUCAUUCACGUACGAAGGUGAUCAAGAGAGUAUGUACUUUAAAAUGGUCAAGGAUAAAAUGGCCAGGACUUUACUUGGUCGGACGACGAAAAAUCGAUCGAAGUUGGUUAAUGAAGAAAACGAUGUAGAGGAGGAAGCAUGGAAAUCAGAAACUGACCGAAAUCAGUCGAAGAGUGCUCCGACAAACGAAGAGAUUCUCGAAAAGCAACUUGGCAUCAAACUCGGCGGAGCUGGCACGCAAACGAUGCAUGCGGACAAAACGGAUACUGUACCAGAAGAGAGCUAUAUAACAUCUGCUCACCUGAAAGUGACCAAAUGGGUACAUGCAAUGCACCAGUUCUGCAAACCUCGCCUGCUUGCCUUCCUGUUUGUCACGUGGUUCAUGGGUCUUGGUGUAGGACAGGUGUUCACCUUUUUGUUUUGGCACGUACAAGAACUGGACGGAUCGCCUACUUUGUUUGGGAUUGCCACUAUCAUUAAUCACGUUUCCGAGAUCGUCAUGUUCUACUUCAGUAAACAAAUAAUCGAUAAAAUUGGUCAUCUGCGUGUGCUGUACUUGGGCUUGUUUGUUAACAUUGCUCGGUUUCUAUUUGUAUCCUGGAUCACAAAUCCGUGGUGGAUUCUGCCAUUUGAGUUGGCUCAAGGUCUCACACAUGCCGGUGUUUGGGUCGCCUGCUGUUCCUACAUCACACAAGCAUUUACUCCGGAAUCUCGAUCGGCAACUCUGGGCUUCUUGAAGGUUGUUCAUUAUGGCCUUGGACGUGGUCUUGGAGCUUGCCUCGGAGGACUCGUAAUUUCGAGUUACGGAAGUGCGACCAUGUUUCGUUCGUACGGUGCGGCGUCAGCGGUGGUUUUGCUUGCGUUCUUGGUACUGAACUAUGUAGCUCCAAUUCCCGCCGCACAGCCAGAACACACCGAUGGCGAAGGACUUGACGGGAAUGUGGUAGGAAGCUACGGCCAGUUGAAUCAACCACAACCAACCUCUCCGUUUGUUGGUGGAUAUCCGUCUUCCCAAGUAACUCACGAAUACUACACCCAACAGUCGAAUCAACCACUGCCCUCGCAGACACAACAGCAGCAACAACAACACCAGACGGAACAAAAAGUAUACAAUUAUUCCCAGCCCUACUAACUGGCUGGUGUUCAGUUAUCCCCAGCUUGGCGACACUUGGUUGUGCAACGUUUAUUUAUCUUUCAGUCGCCUUUCCAGUCACCUUCAAAAAUUCCUGUUGACCAUACCUUCCGCUUUUACCCACGUGUUUUGUUCUUCUCGGACAUCAUAGCGAUCCCCGAAAUCACAGUUACGAAUAACCUUGUUUUCUUGUAUCGACUCCGUCAUAGUUCUUUGAAGUAAACAAGGCUUACGAAUUCAUCUUCACAGUUAGCGAAAUUCCACCUGCCUUGACCUUUUAUCCAACUCUGUUUACGUUGAAUGCGACGUCAAGC